ACACACAACACACACACACACACAGGCACUCACUCACUCACGCACAGUCACGCACACUCACUCACUCACUCACUCACACACUUGCUCUGCCUCUCUGACACAGACUCUCUACUUAGUGCGCUGGAGAGAGCACUGAGGCUCGCACUAUCAGCACAGCUUCUCAAUGGGGAGACGCAGCCAAGAGCAGACAGAGCAGUCAUUCCACGGGAGCCUUCCGCCGCACGCGUGAGAAGGGGACGACAAGCGAGGGGGGGGUAAAUUAGCUCCCUGUCAUCACAACAGAGGAGUUCUACUGACGGAGAAGAGGCGCACACUAAGAGAAGGAGAGAGGAAGCUUGAUAGAGCAGUGAUAUGACCAGCCUCUCAUCCCUCAAAUCCUGGGCAGUUUGUGACUUAGACCUCUGGGUCUUUUGCUUUUGGUGACUAUUUUGCCACGGAUAUCAAGAGGAACUGACCAGCGGUGGUGGAGGGUGGGGUGGGGGGGGCUCCAGGGGAGAGAAUACUGAACACUGAGAAGAACAGCUUUUUAACCCCCUUUGUGCUGUGUUCGGCUCAUCCGAUAGUGGAAUUUCAGGCGGGAAUCCCUGGCUUUAAAAUAUGGAUGGAUUAAAGACAGAGGAGUGAGGCUGCUGGGCAGGCAGGCAGUGAUUCUUAUUGAGCCCCCUUCCUCUAGUGCACACUGCUCAGACUCGGCCUUACCAUGUCCUGGCUGUUGGCCAUGUGGAUUAGCCUCAGCUUCCUGCUGUUGUGCCAGGCCACACUCUACCAGACCAUCCAGCAGCACCAUGUGGCCCGGCCCGGUCGCACUGACAUUCUCACCCUGGAGGGAGGUACGUGUGAGGUGAUCGCAGCCCACCGAUGCUGCAACAAGAAUCGCAUCGAAGAACGCUCUCAGACGGUCAAAUGCUCCUGUUUACCAGGGAAAGUGGCUGGGACGACACGCAACAAGCCCUCCUGUGUGGAUGCAUCCAUUGUAAUUGGGAAAUGGUGGUGUGAGAUGGAACCAUGUCUGGAGGGAGAAGAGUGUAAGACUCUGCCUGACAACUCUGGAUGGAUGUGCUCCUCUGGGAAUAAAAUCAAGACCACAAGAAACACCCAGCCAUACUCCCCUUUUUAGCUUCCGGAAGCAAAAUGCAGAGGAUGCGUCAACAGAAAUUGAGCUGCAUUCUUGCUUCUGUAAAGAUUCAUCCCAGGACCUAACAGAGAGCUCCUCAUUGCAGGGCUGCGUGCCAGGCUUUUCCCUCCAUCUACCGUUUCUCUUCCCACCGAACGGACUAAAACUAUUACAUCCACGGCUACUGACUGGAUUACCUGGGACCACAGAAAGGAUAUCCACGCAGAUAAAACAGCUUUCCUCGUGUGGUGCCAAGGAUUUGAAACCAGACUAAUCCCCUGUUUGAUCAAUGAGCCCCAUGUUGGUGACUCUCCUCUUCCACACAGCUGCGAUCAGUUUCCGACCUACCCCCUGUCUCCGUUUCCCUCACUUUGCCCACCCCCCUCCUCCCCAAAAAACAGCUUAGCAGGGGUUAUUUAGAGGUUGUUAAAACAUUAUUUGAUAGACAUUCGCCAAGCUUGAAGGUAAUAAAGGAGCUUACUUGGACCUGAACAUAAACAUGGAACUGAGAGCGCAAGGCUGGAAAUUACCUUGAAAUCUUUCUAUUUCUGUGUGAAAGGCAUUUGUAUUUGACUGACUGCCCCAGCAGUACGGCCCCGCUGUGACAACACAGAGGAGAUUUGGGUGACAAGCACUGGAUUUUCAGUGACCACUAGCAGCCUAUGACGAGUUAAUGAAGAUCUUUGAGAGGCUUUAGGGUCCAUCAUCAUGCCCUCACUUUCAUCCUUCAUGAUGCACAUUUUGACUCAUUUCCCAGGGUGAGCCCAAUGUAAAUUCAUGAGCACUUCUUUUCUUUGUAUGUAAGAUAUUUUGUGUAUAUAUACAUAUAUAAAUACAUUACACGUACGAUGACAGAUCCAAGAAGCUGAAACGUAUAUUUAAGACUCUAUUAGGAGCUCGAGUCCCAUGGUGGAAUAUUGAUCAGCCACUGAAUACAAGUAAUCCAGAAGCUGUUGUCCUCAUAUGGUGUGUAUUAUACUGCUUUGCAGUGUAUGCUUGCAUUGGAAAAAGCCACAAAAGAGUCAUAAAACUAAGUAUUGGUCACUUUUGUCAUUCAGCAAUGUCUUUGGCUGAGCCAGAAAAUUCUUGUAGUUUCUGUAAAGAUGAGGAAAACACUGUAUAGAACUGCCUCACGAAAGAAAAUAGCACUAACAACAACCCCUGAGCUUUUCACUGGUACAGUAGGGACAUGGAAAAGCGGCAGAAAAACUCGGACCAUAAUCGGACAGUUAGUCAUGGCCGACUGCUUGACUGUGUUUCUUGUGUAGAUUUCUCUCUUACACACCAGAUAGAGAGAGAGAGAGAGAGAGAGAGAUGAUUUAUUCAAAAUGACAGUGAGAAAGUAUUAGUCACACUGGAGAAACAUACAGUUAUCCCCCAGUAGAUAAAAGUACAUUACA